AUGAGGAACGGCGUCGCUGGCCGUUGCUGGGCGUCGGUUCUGUUGAUCUUGGGUCCUUUGACAGCCACAGGGUGUGAGACCGGAGGGCCUCAAUCACCACAUGCGUUGACAAAGCUAUGGGACAAGCAGACCCUGGCAUCUUUUUCAGUAUCGCAGCUGCAAGCCUUUGCCUCGAUUGCUUGCGGGCGCUGCCCCCUGCUCUCCCGGGCAGUGCGCUGCACGCGAGGCCGCGACGGCCCGGGCGGCCCGGGCCCCAGGCCAACGGAGGUGUGGAAACACCAGGCAUACGCGUAUUUGAGGGAAGAGGCCGCGUUGGCACAGCGCCAGGCCCGAGCGAUGAUGAGGCAUGUCUGGUCGAACUACGAGCAGCGUGCCUUUGGGAAAGAUGAGCUGAAGCCCGUUUCCGGCCGUGGAACUGACAGUUGGGGCGGACUGGGUCAAACUUUGGUGGAUUCGCUUGACACUCUCUGGCUCAUGGGCUUUCAUGAGGAGUUCGACCGUGCCGCCGAUUGGGCGGAGAGCCACCUGGACUUCAACAAAAACUUGAAUGUGAAUUAUUUCGAGACCUCGAUUCGUCAUUUGGGCGGUCUGGUCUCUGCCUUCGUUCUCAGCAGCCGGCCUGGCUUGCUUGGCAAGGCCAAUGACUUGGCCAUGAGGCUUGCUCCCAUUUUUCCGAGCCCGCAGACUACCAACCAGGAGCUGUCCAUGUCCGACCUCAAUCCGGGUACCGGAAGGCUUCAGGACUGGUUCGACGGAGCCAAGCGCUUUCUGCACCAAGUCUUUGCCGACACCAGCGACUUCUCCGGAGAGGACUUCGAUCUGGGCGACCUGGUCGAGGAUCCAUCGGGUCAUUUCACAAACGACGAGAAGAGGGCGAAGAAGGAUCACACGGCCCUUCCCCUUUCCGACGUAAACUUGCAGACUGGCAAAACGAACGAUCUUGCAGGAUACCUCUCCUUAGCUGAAACUUAUGUGCCGCUGGAAUGGAAAGCGCUGGCGCUUCUCACAUCUAACUGCAGCUAUGCAGUGCACCAAGACCAGGUCCUUCAUGUUCUGAACGAAAGCGCUGGCCUUGAAACGAGGGGCUAUGCUGCGAUUCUUUUGAAGCAUUUCGACAGCAAAGAGUCGGCUGGUCUAGCCUUAGCCUCUGUGGCUUGGCGGUUGCCGGGGCAAGAACAAGAAGGCGGAGGCUUCAACGGUUCGGGUGUGGAGCAGGCCUCGACAGACACGGGCAUCGUCAAGGUGCCACAGGACCUCUAUGAGUUGCUGGGUGUGAAUGCAGAUGCGGACGCCGACAAAAUCAAAAAGGCUUACUAUGACAAAAUGAAGAUUUGCCAUCCUGACAUAGCCGGUGAUGAUGGUGAGGAAGUCUGUAUUCUUCUGAACGAUGCCUACGAUGUGCUGUCGAACGAGGAAGAGAAAAAGGCCUAUGAUAUCGAGUUGGUGGAACGAAACGGUUCCAGACAGCCAGUGGUCUUUGAUGAAGACCUCUCCCCAACUUGGGAUUGGACUUCCAAGAAUGGUAACAAGAAGGCGAAGCCCGUUUACAACGGGCGGCCUCUGUCACGGUCUCUCUACCACAAAGUGCCACCAGAAGAAGCAGGGCCAAAAUACGACGAGGAAAAGUUUGUCUUUGUUGAUGAAUGGACUUGCAUCGCAUGCCGCAAUUGCUGUGAUGUUGCGCCGCGAACCUUCUGCAUUGAUGCAGAUGCUGGACGCGCACGGGUGUUUGCACAGUGGGGCAACGGAGAAGAGCUCCUGGACUACGCGGUACAGUCCUGCCCCGUGGACUGUAUCUACUGGGUCAGUCGGGAGGAGCUCCAGGUCCUCGAGCAUGUCACCCGCGAUCGUAUGUAUGAGAUUGGCAACCAGCCACCAAAUUCUAUGACAGGCAUCGGCUCAGGAAUGGCCGACCCCUUCAGCAUGGCAAUGGGCUUCAUGUCCAAGCAAGCAGACGAGAAACGCCGCCAGCAGGCUCUGGGUGCAGGCUCAGCGGAGUUCUCCGCCAUGCAAGAAAGGAUCCGCGAACUCUUCGGCAAGCUCAGUGAGAGGCUGCGAAGGGCCGGUCGCGUGAGUGCAAAUCCGAAUCUCAUGAGCGGGUUGGACACCAGGCUUUACGUGCCGCCGGAGUUGACAGGUGUGCUAAUUGGCCGCGGUGGUGAAAGCAUCAAUGCGUUGUGCAGAGAGACGGGUGCGCGGAUCGAAGUUGCCAGGGAGGAUGCCGGCAAUGCCGACCGGCCUGUGACAAUCACAGGAUCUCCAGAAGCAGUGGACAGGGCAGUCCGUGCCGUAAAGAGGAUCGUGGACAGCGAAAGGCGACCCCCACAAGAGCAGCGCAAAGUUAUGCAAGUGCCUGGAGCUUUUGUAGGCAUGAUCAUUGGCAGAGGUGGUGAGACCGUCAAGUCCAUGUCCCGCGAAAGUGGUGCCAAAAUAGAGGUGUCCAGGGACGAUGGCGAUCGCGAUGCAGAGAGAAACGUUACCAUAACUGGUACGGCUGAGUCCAUAGAGAAGGCGACGCAGCUCAUCGAAGACGUGAUCGGCAACCGAGCCGGGGCCUCCGACGACGACAGGAGUGAUGCGGAGGCUCUACCGGAUCCACCACCAGGUUUUGAGGUGAGCGAGCAUGAGGAAUGGCUCUUCAAUGUGAAGACAGAAGAGUUCUUCAACAAGAAGACCGGUGCGUUUGCGUGGUUGAAUGCAAGUACAGGCAUGUUCUGUCCCAUCAGAGAAGGUGUGCGACAUGAGGAUCUAGAAUUGAUUUCGGGUACAGCGGUUGCCAUCGCGAGCAGUGACAACAAAAGCGCACCCAAGACAGUGGUGAUUCCGGACCUCCAUCGCGUCGCGCACGCCCUGAAAGCCCCUUUUGACCACGUGGAUGCACCAGCCUCCAUGAUUGGUGUUUUUGGUUGUUCGGCUGGUGACGGCGGUGUGCCAGUCGACCAGGCAGCGCGCACGUUUCAUGAGAGGCUUGUGCGGCGGAUUGCUUCGUGGCGAAGUGCUUGGUUUGACCAAGCUUGGUUCGGUGCACUGACGGGUGCCAUGAUGGACGUCGCGGGCGAGAAUGGGGUCCUGCCGUUGGCAGCCGUUGCGUUGCUUGUUGGACGCAAAGUUAUAGCUGCUUCUGCACCUGGUGCCCGUGCUUGCCUGAUGGCUGGAGCUGCCAGUGAUGCUUGUACCGCGGUGGCGCCCAUGGAGGUGAAUGGCUCCGUCUGCUCCUUCCAACAGCUCCCAGCUACAAGUCCAGGUGUCGCAGAUGUGUGCAUUCCAAUUGCCCUCCUCGCGGGCUUCUCUACUCUGGAUGACAACGUCACUUGCGCUUCGGUGAGCCGGUCGCUGUUUCAGAGGCGGCCGCGCGCAGCCGCCGUGGCCCUGCUCCGCGCAGCGCGCCAGGCAGGUUCUGCUGGGCCCCUGGCAGCGGCCACGGCUUGCCUUGGCUUCCACAAGGUUCUGGUUGCAGACGAGAGCCCGGAGGUCGGUAGGAAAGCUGCCAAGGAGAAGAUGAAACAAAGCAAGGUGCGGGUUCGCCAGAUACUCCUUCGCUUUUGGUCGGGUAAAGGCGCGCAGCCGAUCAACCCAGUUACAAGAAAACCUGUUACAAGGAAAUUGGAGGAAGCCGAGGUCCAGAUGCUGGAUGUCUUGGACAAGCUGCUGGCGGAGAACUCUUCGAACUUUGCGUGCAUCUGUAAGGCCUUGUCGGAAUGCGGCUCCGCGAUGCGUGGGGGAGCAGAUAACGGUGAUCUUGGCUGGCUGGACCAGGCAAAGGUGGCAGCACUGGCGAAGGCGAAGGGCCAGCCUGGCGGCCCGAAGUCUGUUGUGCAGUCCAGUGUGCCCGUGGCAGUGGUAAAGGUGGCCUUCGAAUUGGAAAAGGGUGAACUAAGUGAUCUCGUGGUGUCCGAGCUCGGCGUACAUCUGGUGCAGAGAACAGGCUAA